AUGGCUGCACAUACUCCCUCAGAGCCGACUUCGCCAGAGCCAGCUCCGUCCGAUCCACCACCAAACCAACCCCACACCUUCGAUCGCAACACACCCGACCAACAAGAAAUCACCACCAUCCUUGCCAAAUUCAACAAGGAUCCUCUUGAACUGAGCGUCAUCUCCCUGGGCAAAGAUGGAGUCCUGCGAAAUCUAUCGGCGGAUCGUGCAGUCCUUGAUGCUGUCGGAUUGAGCCCGCGGCUGGUGAAAGCGUUCUUGGACCGCGUCCCUCCAGACUACCGCGCGCUCACGCCAGAACUCGAAGAUGUCGAUGGGUCGAAGGCUACGUAUGAGGAGAUGUGGCACCCGGGUCCAGGGCUACUGCCGCGACCUAUGGGCGAGGAACAGAAGAAGCGGGCGUUGGCGAGUUUGGAAACCAAUUAG